AACCGAACGCUCAAAAUAGAUCCCGAUUUCGGCGAUUCGUGGGCUUAUGCUUACAAAUUCGAAGUUCUUCACGGAUCCCAAGAACAACAGGAGGACAUUAAGAAGAGAUGUUGUGCUGUUGAGCCCAGACAUGGAGACAACUGGUGCCGGGUAUCCAAAGAUGUGUCCAAUUGGAGGCUCACGACUGAAGAGAUUCUCGAGAGAACCGCUAAUUUGUUGCCGAUUCCCACAUAA